CCUGACUCCCGGCAACAGAGGCCGGGCUCUGGAGCCGGGUGCAGGCACAACUCUGGUGCAGGCGUAAGGACAUCCUUGCUGGUGGCCGCUGGACCGCGCGAUGACUGGACGGUGACUUCUGGGGCUGAAGACAAGAGUUGAAGAUGAAGGAAGAUUGCUCAUCCAGCUCCCAUGUGCCCAUCAGCGAUAGCAAAUCCAUUCUGAAGUCAGAACUCUUAAGCCUGCUCAAAACCUACAACUGCUACCACGAGGGCAGGAGCUUCCAGCUGCGGCACCGCGAGGAAGAAGGGGCUCUCAUCAUCGAAGGACUCCUCAACAUCGCCUGGGGACUCAGACGACCCAUCCGGCUCCAGAUGCAGGAUGAUCGGGAGCGAGUGCACCUACCCUCUGCCUCGUGGAUGCCUGACCGGCCCAGCUACCUCCAAAAGGAGGCUUCACCCCAGGACAGCAAGGUCACUGCGAAGGAGCCUGGCGCUCAGCAUACAAACAAGGCUGAGGUUUCCAGGGAUAGCUCAGCACCCCUGGAGGAGGAGGAGGUCCCACAGCUCAUGCGGACCAAGAGCGAUGCCAGCUGUAUAAUCCAGAGGAGGCCCAAGUCCCGGGCACCCGGCGAAGCCCAGAAGAUACGACGUCACCGGUUCUCCAUCAAUGGACACUUUUAUAACCACAAGACCUCCGUGUUCACUCCUGCCUAUGGGUCCGUGACCAAUGUCCGGGUUAACAGCACCAUGACCACCCAGCAGGUGCUCACCCUGCUGCUCAACAAGUUCCGGGUAGAAGAUGGUCCCAGUGAGUUUGCACUCUACAUUGUCCAUGAGUCUGGGGAGCAGACAAAAUUAAAAGAUUGUGAGUACCCGCUGAUAUCCAGAAUCCUGCAUGGGCCUUGUGAGAAAAUCGUCAAGAUCUUUUUGAUGGAAGCCGACUUGAGCGAGGAAGUACCCCAUGAUGUGGCCCAGUACAUUAAGUUCGAAAUGCCGGAGCUGGACAGUUUUGUUGAAAAAUUAAAAGAAGAGGAGGAAAGAGAAAUAAUCAAACUGACCAUGAAGUUCCAAGCCUUGCGUCUGACGAUGCUGCAGCGCCUGGAGCAGCUGGUGGAGGCCAAGUAACUAGCUGCUGCUUUCCUUUAGGGAUUGUGGGAGCAAGCGUGCAUGGAGCUCCAGGGACCCAGCCCUAACUGAUUGCUGACCAUUGGCUGCUGCCCAAGGAGUCCAGUAUCCAUGCUUCUUCUAACCUGUCCAUAGACUUCACAGCAUCCUGCAUCUCUAGUCUUGGCACUGUAGUGAGCAUGCGCGGGGACCCCUAUGAACUUGCUAGCUAGGAUUUAUGUGCAAAGCUAGUCUAGGUAGUAGAGAGUCUUGGAACUGUGGUACCAGCCAUGUUGCAUGGUUCAUAGCAUGGCCAGCCUUGAUGAUGCAUGUCUGCAGCUUGAGAGAGAAGUAUUACACCUAGCCUCUGGAGAAUAAGCUUCACCUGCAUGCCCAGGGCCUAUCCCAGAGCUUCUGCAUGGCCACAAGUCCCCUGGCCUUCUCAUCCAUUUGAACCUUGAAACCCCCAUCAUCCCUUGCUUCUCAUUUGCCACACAGGAACUCUGCUGGAGGAGGAGCUUCCAACAGCCUUGAGACGUGUCCUGAUUCUAACCACCAUUAUACUAUGGGGUCUUGGCCUCCAAGCCUCAUUUCAUAGCCAACAUUCCUGGCCCAGAGGUUAGAUCAGGACUAAAACUACCAAGAUCCCGUCAGCUCUUGGCAGAAAUCAGCCUUAACUUCUGAAUGUGAUCCAAAGAAAUCCUUGAAAGGCGCUGCCUUCAAGAACUAUGUCAAAGUUGGGGAGCUGAUUCAUGCAGCGUGGAAACAAUACUGGCUGGCGGUGGCCCCAGAAGACAGUAUUGUUGCCGUCACUGCCAUCUUGUGGAUGCUUCUUGCCUUCUUUGGAACUGAGCUUC